AUGUUGAAUUUACCGGAUCAUGUGUAUGAGGACUUCGGUAACUCGGCUGGCUCCUCUGUUCCGGCCAACGUGAUACCUCUUGAGACGAUUAAAAGAUGGAUCGGAAUUAUUCAAGGUCAAAACAUAGUCCUCUUUGAUUGGGCGUUGGAGAAACUCGUCAGUGAGCUCGUGAAGAUCUACCCAUACAUAUUACUUCGACCUUCAUCUCAGCAGGGGAUACCACAUCGAGUGUGCAACAUCUUGCUUCUGUUCCAGUGCAUAGCUGGUAACCCAGAGACAAAAGAGAAGUUUCUCAAGGCUAAAAUUGCACACUAUAUAUUUCCUUUAAUGGAUAUUGGUAACAUGGCUGCGCAUUUUGAAUGCCUAAGGCUUGGUGCUUUGGGUGUCAUUGAUCAUCUGUUGAACGAGCCUAUAGACGGAGCUGCUGUUCGUUUCGCUAUGGACACAGGUGUUUUACAUUAUUGCGCUAAAGGUGUUGAGUUUGGUUGUUCACAAUCAAAACUACAUGCUGUAAGCAUAAUUGAAAGUAUGCUACGGACCCCUAAGGGGCUUCAAUACUGCUGCGUCUUGGCUGAUCGGUUUUUCGUCAUAGACGGUCUCCUUAAGAAGCUGCUUGCUUAUAUUCCAACCAUGAAAGUGGAUGGAACUUGUACCGAGAUGUUCUGUCUUGUUGUUUCUUGCUACGCCAAACUCUCCCAGAAAUCCAGGGCUCGUGACGGAUUAAGGUGUUACUGCCUAUCAUGCUGUUCAAAGGACCUUUCGCCGGUUUACGUGCUAAUGACCCAAUUGCUGAUGGGUAUGUGA